AUGGCCGGGGCCGGGGGCGCCGCGCGGGGGCAGCUCCGGCCCUGCAGCCCGCGGGGCAGCGCGAAGCCCCCACCAGAGCACUCGGCCCCUCUGCCAGACGAGGGAGAAGCCACCAAAGCCGAGGCGCAGCGGCAAAGUGGGGAGCUGCUGAAACAGACGGCAGCCGAGAGGUGGAAAAUCGUCUGGGAGUGGCAGGAGCUGCGAGGGUUUCUGGAGGAGCAGGAGCAGCGGCUGCUGGCCCGGCUGGAAGAGCUCGAGAGAGCCAUUGCCCGGAGAAGGGAUGAGGGCGUCUGCAGCCUGUCCCGGGAGAUUUCCCUGCUCAGCGAGAGGGGAGGAGAUGAGGGGCAGCGGCCGCCGAGCCAACCCCUGCAGGCUGCCGGGAGCCCUGGGAGCAGGGAGGACGGGGCGUUGCCGGAGCCGGGGUUUGCGGAGCUGGAGAAGAGACUCCGUGAUUUCUCUCUGCAAAGCGCCCACCUGCAGGAGGUGCUGCUGGGAUUCAAAGAGACGCUGCGACUGGAGCUGGGGAGUGACACAGGCUGCAGAACGACAUCCGCCUUUCCCUCCGGAUGGGCCCAGCCUCCCAGGGGAUGGGGAAGGGAAUCGGCUGCCGGGGAGCUGGCUGAGGAUCCCUGGGGUGCAGCCUGGGACUUUGGGACCCCUGUGCCCCCUGAACUCUCCUGCCUGGGCGUCUCUCACAAUACUUUGCUAAUGACAAGCUGCAAACCCCUCCAGGAGCCGGUGACCUUCGAGGAGGUGGCUGUGUAUUUCACCAGGGAAGAGUGGGCUCUGCUGGACCCCGCUCAGAGAGCCCUCUACAGAGCCGUCAUGCAGGAGAACUAUGAGAAUGUGACCUCGCUGGGGUUUCCACUUUCCAAACCUGCGGUGAUGUCCCAGCUGAAACCAGGGGAAGAGCCGUGGGUCUCAGAUCUCCAGGGCUCGGAGGGAAGAGAGAUCCUGACAGGAACCUGCCCAGCAGGCGGUGGGACGGUGAGUGAGAACAAGGAGCAGAAUCUAAAGCAGGAAGAUGCUGAGCAUAUGGACCUGCAUGGGGGAUUAGCAGAAAGAACUCAAGGGAACGUGCCCAGGAGUCGUGAGGAAAGGCAGCAGGGAAACCAGGCAGGGGAAAACGUGGGCAAAUCCAUCAGUUGUGAGGAAAAUCACGAGGACCUCAAGGAAACCACAGCUCAGCAGAAAAUCCUCACGGGAAAGAGAAAAAACCUAUGCACUGAGUGUGGGAAAACCUUUCCUGGGCGCUCUCACCUUAUUAUGCAUCAGAAAAUUCACACGGGAGAAAGACCCUACGCAUGCUGUGAGUGCGGGAAAACCUUCAGUCGAAGCUCACAUCUUAUCAGACAUAAGAAAAUCCACACCGGAGAGAGACCAUAUGAAUGCGGGGAGUGCGGGAAAACCUUCUCUGUGCGUUCACACCUCAUUAUACAUCAGCGGAUCCACACAGGAGAGAGACCCUACGCGUGCUGUGAGUGCGGGAAAACCUUCACGCGAGGCUCCCACCUUAUCAGACAUCAGAGAACCCACACCGGCACCAGGCCCUAUGAAAUCUGGUUUCCACUUUCCAAACCUGAGGUGAUGUCCCAGCUGAAACCAGGGGAAGAGCCGUGGGUCUCAGAUCUCCAGGGCUCGGAGGCAAGAGAGAUCCUGAUAGGAACCUGCCCAGGAGAUGUAGGGACGGUGAGUGAGAAGAAGGAGCAGAACCCAGAGCAGGAAGAUGCUGAGCACAUGGAAAUGAAUGGGGGAUCAUCACAAAGCACUGAAGGGGACGUGUCCAGGAGUUGUGAAGACAAGCAGCAGGGAAACCAGCCAGGAGAGGAAGUAGGUCAAUCCAUCAGUUGGGAGGAAAAUCACCAGGAAACCACGGCCCAGAAGCGAAUCCUCAUGGGAGAGAGAGAAAACAUGUGCCCCGACUGUGGGAAAACCUUCCCUUGGCGCUCCCACAUUAUUGAACAUCAGAGAAUUCACACGGGAGAGAGACCCUACGCAUGCUGCGAGUGCGGGAAAACCUUCAUUCGACACUCGCAUCUUCUUAGACAUCGGAGAAUCCACACAGGAGAGAGACCCUAUGGAUGCUGCGAGUGCGGGAAAACCUUCACUCGACGCUCACACCUUAUUGAACAUCAGAUAACCCACGGAGGCUCAAGCCCCUAUGGAUGCUGUGAGUGUGGGAAAACCUUCACUCGACGCUCACACCUUAUUAGACAUCAGAUAACCCACGGAGGCUCAAGCCCCUACGGAUGCUGUGAGUGUGGGAAAACCUUCACUCGACGCUCACACCUUAUUAGACAUCAGAGAACCCAUGCUUGCCAGGAGCCCUAGGAAUGCUGUGACGGUAGAAAAAACUUUUCUGUUUGAUCAGCCCUUAUUAAUCGUCAGAGAAUCCAGAAAAGAGAGAGACGACCCUGUGAAUGUUAAAUAUCAGAGGGGUAGCCGUGUUCGUUUGGAUCUGUAAAAAGCGACAAAGAGUCCUGUGGCACCGUAUAGACUAACAAGCGUAUUGGAGCAUAAGCUUUCAUGGGUGAAUACCCACUUCGCUAGAUGCAUGUAGUGGAAAUUUCCAGGGGCAGAUAUAAAUAUGCAGGCAAGAAUCAGUCUAGAGAUAACGAGGUUAGUUCAAUCAGGGAGGAUGAGGCCCUCUUCUAGCAGUUGAGAUGUAAACACCAAGGGAGGAGAAACUGCUUUUGUAGUUGGCUAGCCAUUCACAGUCUUUGUUUAAUCCUGAGCUGCUGAUGUCAAAUUUGCAAAUGAACUGGAGCUCAGCAGUUUCUCUUUGGAGUCUGGUCCUGAAGUUUUUUUGCUGUAAGAUGGCUACCUUUACAUCUGCUAUCGUGUGGCCAGGGAGGUUGAAGUGUUCUCCUACAGGUUUUUGUAUAUUGCCAUUCCUGAUAUCUGACUUGUGUCCAUUUAUCCUUUUACGUAGGGAUUGUCCAGUUUGGCCGAUGUACAUAGCAGAGGGGCAUUGCUGGCACAUGAUGGCAUAUAACAUUGGUGGAUGUGCAUGUGAAUGAACCGGUGAUGAUGUGGCUGAUCUGGUUAGGUCCUGUGAUGGUGUCGCUGGUGUAGAUAUGUGGGCAGAGUUGGCAUCAAGGUUUGUUGCAUGGAUUGGUUCCUGAGUUAGAGUUGUUAUGGUGUGGUGUGUGGUUGCUGGUGAGAAUAUGCUUAAGGUUGGCGGGUUGUCUGUGGGCGAGGAAUGUUGUGAGUGCGGGAAAUCCAGACUGGAGAAAGACCUUAAGAGAUCAAAGAUGGUCCAUGCAGGAUAGACGCCCUACAGAUGCUCUGAGAGUGGGAAAAGCUUCUAUCAGAGGUCACACCUUAUAUCUCAUCAGAGAAGCCACAAAGGAUAUAAACACCAUAAAUACCUUGUCCAAGGCUAACAAUAAAAGUUUUUUUUUUCUGUAAUAUUUUUGCUAAUUCCCACAUGUGGCCUUUAAGGCUGUUCGCGCCAUUUACUUCAUUGUGUUCCCAGGUACAAUGGUCCAAUUUUGUUUUUUGCAGCUUGCCCUUCUUUGGGGUAAAUCUCCAAAGACCCUUUCCAUCAACUGCUUUGUUCUGUGAGUCAGAGGCGUAUGAGUCCCUCUUACUAGGAAUGCGCAUCAUCCCCAGGUUGGUGAAAUACAGACAACGUCAGUUAGUCAGAUUGUGGUCAAAUCUACCUUGGCCUUGUCUCCAUUGGCAUGUUUUUGUCGUUCGCUAGCUCCAGUGAGCUCUCCAGAUAUAAAAUCACAGCUGUGUUCUCUAUACCGACAUAGCCCGAAUAUACUAGUCUGGGUUAGCUCAUAUAUUUUCCCAUGACUUGUUCCAAUCUAGUCCACAUUUCCUAGUCUAGACAAUCCAUUAUCAUGAAGCUAAAACUUUUGCAAAUAAGGCAACUGAAUAACAAGACAGCGCUGAGAGAAGCAGGUUUCAGUGGAUCCGAGGACAAUGCAAUGGGAAAAUCGGUGGUCCUGAUUCUGAGUCAUCAGAUGUAACCUGCUUUAGAAUCUCAUUCUGUCUGCAACAGAAAAUGUCUUAUACAGAAGCUCCCCAACUUACGCAAACAUUCUGUGCCGGAACGCCUUGCGUAAGUCGAAUUUUGCAUAAGUCGGGAACGUAUCUCUGACAAUUACACGGGAAAAAAAAAAAGGUUACAGAACUUUUUCCGUAAGUCCAGUUUUCCGUAAGUCGGGUUUGCGUAAGCUAGGGAGCGUCUGUACCUCUGUGAGAGGUAGAUUUUUCUCUCUUUCCUGAAGGCUGCUUGGUCACACAACUGGAUAUUAGUUUUCUUUGGCAGAAUGUAGUUCAGAUGUAUUGGGGACUUUGAGACAAAUGACCAUUUGCUUCAAUGGUCAUUUCUUCCUUUAUUUAUGGUUUCCCCUCACCCCUCCGUGAUGGGAAAUGUUCAAAUGCAGCUCAGUCAACCAGAGAGAAUAUUCUCCAUUAUGGGAUAUGCUAUCGAGGAAACAGUCGCAGUUUUACAUCUCCUCCCAUUUGAAAUGGUGAACCACGGCACACCUCAAACGGUGCACGUAACUUACAUCGCUGGGUAUAAUCACAGUUUUGUUCAAUUAUUUAAAUCAGAAAUUAUUUCAAAUAAUCUGGGGAAAGAGUUCCCCAGUAAAUUACUUGGAACUAGGCAAAAUGCGCGGCAUUGGUUUCUCUAAUACAAGAACAAGGGGCCACCAAAUGAAAUGAACAGGUAGCAGGUUUAAAACAAACACAAGAAAGUAUUUUUUCACACAACGCGCUGUCAACCUGUGGAACUCCUUGCCAGAGGGUGUUGUGAAGGCCAAUACUAUAACGGGGUUCAAAAGGGAGCUAGAUAGAUUCAUGGAGGAUAGGUCCAUCAAUGGCUAUUACUCAGGAUGGGCAGGGAUGGUGUCCCUAGCCUCUGUUUUCCAGAAGCUGGGAUUGGGUGACAGGGCAUGGAUCACUUGAUGAUAACCUGUCUGUUCAUUCCCUCUGGGGCACCUGCCAUUGUCCACUGUCGGAAGACAGGAUACUGGGCUUGAUGGAUCUUUGGCCUGACCCAGUCUGGCCAUUCUUAUGUUCUCAAAACAGUUGUGACCCAGGCCUUAGAGGUGGUUAUUCCUGAAAAGAUCUCCUAGCUAAUCCUAACAGAGAGAAGUAGUGUCUCUAGCAAUGCAACUGUGGAGGAAAUAAUGGUUUUUAUUGUUGUUGUUUUUUAACUCCCCUUUUGUAAUGCUUCAGAUGUGUAUAAAAUAAAAUGGAUGUUUAAUGUCAGACAACUGCAGCAAGUUUACUCUUUUUGAAUAAACCCCCCACGUCUUGUACCAUAUAGUGAUUCUCAUCCAGACAUAUAUUUAGUUUCCAGUUUAGACCCGUUCCAUCAGAUUAAAAAAAUAAACUGGGCAUGUUUGGAGAAGCCAUGCCUCACCGGCACUUUUGAGAUUUUUGGCUGGUUUGGUAAAGGAUUCUUCUCCAGAGAAAUGUCAAUUUGCCCCCAUCCAGACCAAGGAUUUGGCAAGAACAUAGGUAGAAACAGCAGGCACCCAGUAGUUGGUUUUCACUGCAGAGAUGAAAGCUGUGGUGAGCUACGGUCCAAGUAAAAUUGUGCUUAGAACACAACUCGCUAGUUCAGUGGCAUUGAUUAGAGUCCCAAAGAUGCCACGGUUAGAUUGAAAUGGUCCUUCACCGUUUGAAUCCAAAGUUUCACGAGGCAAAGUGAAGCAUGAAUUCUUUUUCUCAGGACAUUCCUUCCUCAUGGAUCCCAAUUUGUCUGGACAAUAAGGACUUUCCUUCUGUGUAAGUGAUGGUAACCUAUUAGGGAAUGAGUCUGUCAAUCUCCAAGUUCAGACUGCAGGAUAUGUGAAUGUUGCGUCCUGAUUCUAUGCUUAGUCUCUUAGGGCUGGUCCACACUAACCCCCCAGUUCGAACUAAGAUACGCAACUUCAGCUACGUGAAUAACGUAGCUGAAGUCGAAGUAUCUUAGUUUGAACUACAAGGUACUUACCGCGGGUCCACAUGCGGCAGGCAGGCUCCCCCGUCGACUCUGCAUACUCCUCUCGCGGAGCAGGAGUACCGGUGUCGACGGCGAGCACUUCCAGGAUCGAUUUAUCGCGUCUUGUCUAGACGCGAUAAAUCGAUCCCAGAAGAUCGAUUGCUUACCGCCGAACCCGGAGGUAAGUAUAGACGUACCCUUAGUUUUGGUCUUGCGUUUUAUGUCUUUGCAUCACUUUUCCAUCUCCGGGUACUUGGAAAGAUUAAAAGUGUGAAAAUAGAAUAGAAUUGUUUUUUUUCUCAUGUUGCAAGCCUUCCCACAUAGUGUGAGACCCCUUCCACCCACACUUAUGGCAGAAGAGCCACAGAUAAAUUAACUUCCAGAAAUGGAAGGCACCUAUAUGGGUGUAAACCACAAGCUUACAGAAGGGUUCACUUGGUGGAUAUGGGUAUUAAAUGGAAUUAAAGGAAAGUAACAUGUAUUAUAAGAUUGUGUAAUCUUUGAUUAUGUUAUUGUUACCAGUGACAAUGAAAUUAAACAUGAAGUUCAUUAUUUAUGAAUGAACAAGAGACUAAUUAUGUGAUAACUUUCAUCUUUCCAAUAUAUUUCUGAUUAUAUUUCUCUUUUCAUUAGUAAUACAGUAGCUAAUUCUUAAAAGCUUAUUUGAGGUAUUUUACCUCUUAUUACUAAGGAAUUCUGAAAUAAAACCGUACUCCAAAGGUUGUGGUGAUGGAAUAUGGGAGAGUAAUCAUGUGUAUGAGAAUACAGAUAAGUAUAGACGUUAAUUAUUUCCAUUUCAGAUUUAUUCUGACAAGCUUUAAAGUCAACUUCUGUUCAGAGGACAACUCCUCAAGGAGAGAGGUUUGUAACCUUUUACCCAGUUAGAGUGUUUGGGGUACUUAGUUCCCCUAGUGCUUGUUAGCAAAGGAAAGACAGGACUUCUAUGAUGAGAUGUCCGUAUAUAUUUAUAAGAAAGGUGAUGGACACAUGGGGCCAUUACUAGUUUUUUUUGUUUUGUUAAAAGCUGCUGUGACCAGUUAUUUUUAUCGGUACUCAACCUUGUUUCCUUUUGAAAAGGCCAGAUAUUAAAGCAUAGCUACUGAACCGUUAGGCCAGGCUGUGGAGAUGUCCUCAAACCUGGCCUUGCUUUUCUUUCAUUUGUAUCUUUGGGGUUCACACAUCCUCACUGAAUGUGGUUCUCAAGAACACAUAACUGAAAAACUGCUGGAUUAGGGAAGAAUUUUCCAAAAUGAUGUUAGCCCAAAGUUUGCCUCAUUCCAACUUUAUUGGGUCAUGUUGUCGGUAUCCCAGGCAUACUUCACCCUGAUUUGCCCAGAGAUCUCAGGAGAGUGGAGUAAGCUGGAAUCGUCAACCAUAAGGACCAAGAUAUAGGCUGAAGUCUUUCACCUUUCCAGUCAACAAGCUCUCUAAGAAAGAUUGAUCCCCUCUGGGGAAGGAAGUCAUGUCAUCAGUGACCGGCUCUGGCAGUCUCCCUAUCCUUGAGAAAACUUAGCAGUGGGGAGUGCUGGGCCAGCUGCAACUACAGCUACUGCUCCUACUGUACGUGAGUCCGAACACUCCGAGAGCUGGAGAGUUCCAACCCCUCGUCAUUUCAGCGUUCCUUGUCCUAUUUUUUUAUCUUUCCUUCUUAUUAACUUGGAGAUGUCCCAGCUUUUCUAUUAUAUCAGGGCAUGUCUCAGUAUGUGCAUCAGUGCUGAUCGCCUGUGGAAUCCACACAGGGAACGCACCAGAUUGAAUAGUUCUCCAACUCUUAAAUAUCCCUAAAACUCUGCCCUCUGAAAUGCUUGAAUGUGUCCUCAUUCUGUGAAGUCUGAAGAAACUAAACUGUCAGCUGUAAAAUAUUCAGUGAGAGCUAUUAAACUUCUCCUAAUUAAAGCCCCAGUAAAGUCUGGUUCUGUGUUGGAGGGGGAAGGAGAAGGAUUUAGCCAAUAGGAAAUCUAAGGAGCAAGAUUUAAUUGGCUUUGGGGUUGUAGCUUAAACAUGAUACUGGAAUCCAUCUUAAACCUGGUACUUUUCCAUUUACAGGGAGGGGUGGGAAGCCAGAGAGAGCCAAAGGAUUCCCGCCUUGUGCCAAAGAUAUGUAAGGGAGUGGAACAGAACAAAGGGGACUGCCAGUCAUGAGAAAUCCCCAAGUUACCACCUGAGCUGGAACUAACAAGGGCUGUACCAGGGGAAAGGAUUGGGCCCAGACUAGGAAGGAGUCUAGUCUGUGAAAGCAGCUUAUUGGGACAUCUCUGAGGGUGAGAUUUACCUGUACUCAGUUUCUUAAUGUAUUAGGCUUAGACUUGCAUGUUUUGUUUUUAUUUUGCUUGGUAACUUACUUUGUUCUGUUAUUACUUGAAACCACUUAAAUCCUACUUUUUA